CCCCCACCCCGGACUCGGGCUUGGCGCCGCGGCCAGAAGACCCCCGAGCCCCUUCCCAGGCCCCUGAGCUGCAGGGAUGGAAAACUCCUCGGCAGCAUCGGCCUCCUCCGAGGCUGGGAGCAGCCGCUCCCAGGAAAUCGAGGAGCUGGAGCGCUUCAUCGACAGCUACGUGCUGGAGUACCAGGUGCAAGGGCUGCUGGCGGACAAGACUGAGGGCGACGGGGAGAGUGAAAAGACGCCGUCCCAUGUCUCCCAGUGGACAGCGGACUGCAGCGAGCAGCUCGAUGGCAGCUGCUCCUUCUCCCGAGGGCGAGCCCCUCCACAGCAGAAUGGCAGCAAAGACAGCUCUCUGGACAUGCUGGGCACCGACAUCUGGGCCGCCAAUACCUUUGAUUCCUUCAGUGGUGCCACCUGGGACCUGCAGCCCGAAAAGCUGGACUUCACCCAGUUCCACCGGAAGCUCCGCCACAUGCCCAAGCAGCCCCUGCCACACAUUGACCGUGAAAGAUCGAAACACCUGCACCUCACGGAAGGGGCUGACUCUCCCACAGAUAUGGAGGUCCAGUGUCGAGCACUGUUUGUACCAGGGGCCCAGUCCACAGCCCGGAGCCUGGCACAGAAGAGUUUAGUGAAUGAAGAAAUGAACGGUCGAAUGCAGGGGGCUUGA